UUAGGCGCGCACGUGCUUCCUCUUGUUGCAGAAAGAAGCUGGCGGCGCGUGCAGUGCACAGAGUGCUGGCUGGGAGCUCGAGAGUUGUGAUUGGUGUGUCUGCUGGAAGUUUGCUGCACUCUGCUGCUCUGAUCCGUUGGAGACCCACCUGCACUGACUGCUUCUCUUUGGCGGGUCGUGCCGUGAUUUCCUUCACAAAGCCCCCUUUGCUGCUCCAGACAAUGGAAGGGAUGGAGCCUGAAGGCUCCCCGGCCAGGGUAGUGGAGAAGCGCCCCUGUCCAGAGGAGGAGAACCCCUGCCCAGGGAGCGCCAAAAAACCCAAACUGCAGGAGUCUGAGAAUGGGGGGAGUGAGAAGAGAAAGGAGGAGGAGGAGAUGCCUGUGGAGGAGGAGAGUGAGGAAGAUGAGCUGGCAGGGCAAGGACAGGGAGGAGAAAGCUUUGCUGACAUGAUGAAGCACGGACUCACAGAGAAGGACGUUGGGAUACUGAAGUUCGUCAGCAAACAUGAGGGCUUCUCUGGGAUCCUGAAGGAGAGGUACUCAGACUUUGUGGUCCAUGAGAUCAGUAAAGAAGGCACAGUUUUGCAUCUGGACGACCUGUCUGUGCCUGUGGAUUCAGAGGACCCUCCUCUGGAUGUGUCAGAGGUGCUGACUGAGGAGCAGAAAAAGCAGCUGGAGGAUCUGCAGCAGUUCAAGAAUAAGGAGGGCACUGUGUCCCUGGAGGUCUUGGAGGACACUAAAGAGAAGCGCACUCUGCUGCAUCAGGCAGUGAAGUCUCUGUUCCCUGGGCUGGAGACGAAGACAGAGGAGCGGGAGGGACGCAGGUUCAUUGUGGCCUACCAUGCUGCCGGGAAGAAAGCACUCGCAGGUACUGGCGGUACUUGUAGUGAGCCAAACACCUUUUCACUCUGUCUCUGAAAUCCACUCACCCACGUGC